CACAGCGAUGCCCCCGGAGGAAGAGGAGGAGGAGGAGGAGGAAGAAGAGGAGCAGCAGCCUGGGCACAGCGGCGAAGGCUUCUUCUGCAACUGCAGCUCCACCGGGAGCACGGGAUCCGGCGACUGCAACACGACAACGGGCCAGUGCGAGUGCCGGCCGGGUUACACGGGCCUGCUGUGCGACCGAUGUGAAGAAGGCCAUUAUCCGGAGCCGGCCAGUGGGCGGUGCCUGUCAUGCGGCUGCCAUUCCGAGGGCUCCGCCUCCUUGUUCUGCGACAAUUCUGGAAGAUGCCCUUGCAAAGCUGGAGCGACAGGUCCGAAAUGUGCCGAGUGCCAGGAAGGGUACUCCAGCUUCAACGGAACCAGCUGUGAACCGUGCCGGUGCAGCAACCAUUCUGCAAAAUGCGACCGUUUGACGGGCGCUUGCUUGGACUGCCAAGGAAACACGGAAGGCCCUCGCUGCGAGAGGUGCAAAGGGAAGUUCUACCGGAACGCCUUGCAGGAGUGCGUCCUUUGCCCCUGCUCCCCCGUGACUUCCACCGGCAGCUGUCGCAUCACUUCCGGUCACCAGACACCAACCUGUGACAAGUGCCGACCCCGCUACACCGGAGCCCUUUGUGAUCAGUGUGAUGACGGCUACUACAGCUCUGACAGCAUCUGCGUCAAAUGUCAAUGCCAUGGGAACGUCGACCCGGCCCGGUCGCCGCGGAUCUGCAAACCAGACACAGGAGAAUGCCUUGGCUGCCUCUACCACACGGCUGGGCUGCGUUGCGAAAAAUGCCAGGAAGGUUACGUCAAACCUUUGGAAGGCGGCAACUGCACCAAGAAAGAACACAGUCCUGGUUCAGCAAGCAGAGGGCUUGUCCCUUCAACUCCAAACGGCAGCACGGCCACCCCCGCGACAGCCACCAACGUGAGCACGUUAACCCAGGCUACAGUGCAGACUGUCUCCCCGGUGGGUUCCACCGACAAUAGCACCUCGGCGUUAGCCGACGUCUCGUGGACUCAGUUCAACAUCAUCAUCCUCACCGUCAUCAUCAUCCUGGUGGUCGUGCUCAUGGGCUUUGUGGGCGCCGUGUACAUGUACCGCGAGUACCAGAACAGGAAGUUGAAUGCCCCCUUUUGGACCAUUGAACUCAAGGAGGACAACAUCAGCUUUAGCAGCUACCACGACAGCAUCCCCAACGCCGACGUGUCGGGCUUGCUGGAGGACGACGGGAACGAGGUGGCGCCCAACGGACAGCUGACGUUGGCGACUCCCAUGCACAACUACAAAGCUUAGCAAAAAAAAAAAAGCAGUGAAGAGUUUGCUGAAAAGUCUCUUAAGUUGUGAAAGCCCAUGUAGGCCUCGUUGGGAGAAGGUACCAGUCCGUGGCGCCCAGCAUUCUGGGCAAAGGAACUCAAUCCUUCUCUAGCGUUGACCAUGGCGAACAACGACAAAAAUAAGCAUUGGACACUGGUGAUAAAGGAGUUUCAGGUAAAGUUACGGAUUGAAUUCCAUUCAUCGUUUCCCGUCAACGUCCAUAGACGUCACUAUGGAUAUGAACUUGUAUUUAAUGGGGGGGGGAAGAGAGGUGGGAAAUGGAGUUGCUUUGAAAUAUAUUUUUGUAUGAAAUGAUGGAGGCAUACCAGGAAGUCAUCUCAGCCGUUCUGAAAAGCUACGUUGAAACUGGAGCGUACUUUUUAACCUCUUGUUCUGCAAAGUAGCCAGUGAUAUCUGACGAAAUGGAUCUUUGUUUCAGAGAGAGAGAAAAAGGAAACUAAACAUUGUUUCGUGCCCUGGAAGAGUAUUGCUGUUUUGGAAAACACACACACGAUAAUAACCAAAUAAUAGUUUUGAAAAGUUUCAUGGUAUGGCCGAAGGCGUGCUGAUACGAACCUACAGAAAUCAAUGUUUUCUUUUUUCCCCUUUGCCUCUGGAAGUACAAAAACAAAAGAAAACCUUCUAUUUGGGGUGGAAAGGAGAAAUGGGUAUGAAUGCUGUUCUCUCUUCUUUUCCUCCCCGAGACCUUUCUUUCCAGGCAACGAUACUAUUUAAAAUGCAGGAAUCGGUUUUAUUUUCUUAGCUUUAUUGAAUUUGGAUUCUCCCCGGGGGAUGCCAGGCAGCCGUUGCGGGGGACGUCCUUCACAAGUCUCCAACCUGAAGUGGAAACGGUUGUGUAUACAGAAUGUAACAAAGACUUCCCGCCACUGUAUUUGUAACUAUUUGUACAAAAAUAUUCACGCGUCAUAUUUUAUCCCUUAGAUUUUAUCUGUACAGCAGUUCAUGGCAGUGUAACAACGCUGAAAAAGCAAGUAUUGUAUUAAAGUCCUGUAAAUUUAGAUGGCGAUAUGGUUGGAGCUGGGACUCCAGCACAGGUUGGUUGUUAAUUUCUCCCUCCUCUGAUAAUAUGAAUUUCUUGUGUCUUAAAUUGAA